AUGACAGAAAAAAUGGACAUGCCAGCUUUUGUCUCGACGAAAGCAGGCGUGAAAGGGCUCGUCGAUGCAGAUAUAACAGAACUUCCUCGAGUCUUCCAUUAUCCUUCUUCUUCUCUAUCCAACAACAAACAUUCUGAUAUCUCUGGUUUAAACCUCACCGUUCCAACCAUUGACUUCGGAGAGAUAAACAACGAAAGAAAUAUCAUUGUUUCGAAGAUCAAAGACGCAGCUGAGAACUGGGGAUUUUUCCAAGUGAUCAACCAUGGUGUUCCUUUAAGUGUUCUUGAAGAUAUCAAACAAGGAGUUCGAAGGUUUCACGAAGAAGAUCCUGAGGUGAAGAAUAAGUAUUGUUCUAAAGAUCUCAACAAGAGAUUUGUUUACAACAAUAACAUCGAUCUCUAUAGAUCUUCUCCUAUGAACUGGAGAGACUCUUUCGUUUGCUACAUUGCUCCAGAUGCUGCAAGUCCAGAUGAAAUCCCAGUAGCUUGCAGGUAA